AUGUCGACGACCGCAAAACGCGAGUCGGCACCUCCCAAAGUGCCCAGCGCUUCUAGCCUUCCCAAGGGACUUUCGCGUCAGGCUGAUGGACCCAACAUCCACAAGAGGGGCCUGCUCUCGCCGCCGAGUACAGAAGUACGGAAGACCCAUGCGUCGCACGGAGGAAGGCAACUGAUCACCUAG